AAAGGAAGGACAAGUCCCCGAGAGCCGCGGCGCCGCGAGCCCCUCACCAUGUGUCUGUAAAAAACAAUAGGGCAAAAGUUGUCGGACCUUCUUUUUUCUUUUUCUUUCCUUGUUUUUUAUUUUUUAUUUUUUAUAUGUAUUUUUUAAUUUAUAAAUUUUUUUUUUGGCCCCCCAAAUCCCAACAAAGCCAGGUGUAGGGUGCCUGUAAAAGCUGUGGAAUAAGCCGGAGCGGGACUGACACUUUCCCUACUUUUUGGUGGUUUCGGAGGGUCACACACGUGUGAGACAAUAAAGCACUUUGGCAGAAGAUUCCUCUCUUUUUAUUUUGAUUCUUUUGAUUCCUUUUCUUUUUUUCCUUUUUUUCCCCCCCCUUGGAAUAUUGUGAACAUAUUUGUGGCCAUUUAAGGUUUGUGUGAUUUUGCUAAAAUGCAUCACCAACAGCGAAUGGCUGCCUUAGGGACGGACAAAGAACUGAGUGAUUUACUGGAUUUCAGUGCGAUGUUUUCACCUCCCGUGAGCAGUGGGAAAAAUGGACCAACUUCCUUGGCAAGUGGACAUUUCACUGGCUCAAAUGUAGAAGACAGAACCAGCUCAGGGUCCUGGGGGAAUGCAGGCCAUCCGAGUCCAUCCCGGAACUAUGGAGAUGGGACUCACUACGAUCACAUGGCCAGCAGAGACCUCGGCUCCCACGACAAUCUCUCUCCUCCCUUUGUCAAUUCCAGGAUACAAAGUAAAACAGAACGAGGUUCCUACUCAUCAUACGGACGAGAUUCCAACUUACAGGGCUGCCACCAGCAAAGUCUCCUGGGAGGGGACAUGGACAUCGGCACCCCCGGAGCGCUGUCCCCGUCCAAGCCCGGCUCCCAGUACUACCAGUAUCCCAGCAAUAAUCCGCGCCGGAGGCCUCUGCACAGCUCCUCCAUGGAAGUUCAGACAAAGAAAGUUCGGAAAGUUCCUCCGGGUUUGCCGUCCUCAGUUUAUGCUCCCUCAGCCAGUACUGCCGACUACAACAGGGAUUCUCCGGGUUAUCCCUCCUCCAAACCAGCAGCCAGCACUUUUCCCAGCUCCUUCUUCAUGCAAGAUGGCCACCACAGCAGCGACCCCUGGAGCUCCUCCAGCGGGAUGAACCAGCCUGGCUACGGGGGAAUGCUGGGCAACUCUUCCCACAUUCCCCAGUCCAGCAGCUACUGCAGCCUCCACCCGCACGACCGCUUGAGCUACCCAUCCCACUCCUCAGCCGACAUCAACUCCAGUCUUCCUCCGAUGUCCACGUUCCACCGGAGCGGGACCAACCAUUACAGCGCCUCGUCCUGCACCCCCCCGGCCAACGGCACCGACUCCAUCCUGGCCAACAGAGGAAGUGGGGCAGCGGGAAGUUCGCAGACUGGUGAUGCCCUGGGGAAAGCACUCGCCUCUAUCUAUUCUCCAGAUCACACCAACAACAGCUUUUCAUCAAAUCCUUCAACUCCUGUUGGUUCUCCCCCUUCUCUCUCAGCAGGAACAGCUGUUUGGUCUAGGAAUGGAGGUCAAGCGGCAUCAUCUCCCAAUUAUGAAGGUCCCUUACACUCCCUGCAGAGCCGGAUCGAGGACCGGCUGGAGCGGCUGGACGACGCCAUCCACGUGCUGCGGAACCACGCGGUGGGAGCGGCGCCCAUGGCCGGGGCCCACGGGGACAUGCACGGGCUGCUGGGCGCCCACAACGGUGCCAUGACCGGGCUGGGCGCCGGCUACGGCACCGGGCUGCUCUCGGCAAACCGCCACUCCAUCAUGGUGGGAGCGCACCGGGAGGACGGGGUGAGCCUCCGCGGGAGCCACUCGCUCGUGCCCAACCAGGUGCCCGUCCCGCAGCUUCCCGUCCAGUCAGCCACGUCCCCGGACCUGAACCCGCCCCAGGAUCCUUACAGGGGAAUCCCGACAGGACUGCAAGGCCAGAGCGUCUCGUCGGGCAGCUCCGAGAUCAAAUCCGACGAUGAGGGCGACGAGAACCUCCAGGACACCAAGUCUUCGGAGGACAAGAAACUGGAGGAUGACAAGAAGGAUAUCAAAUCCAUUACUAGGUCAAGAUCUAGCAAUAAUGACGACGAGGACCUGACCCCGGAGCAGAAGGCGGAGCGGGAGAAGGAGCGGCGCAUGGCCAACAACGCACGGGAGCGGCUGCGCGUGCGUGACAUCAACGAGGCCUUCAAGGAGCUGGGCCGCAUGGUGCAGCUCCACCUCAAGAGUGACAAGCCCCAGACCAAGCUCCUCAUCCUCCACCAGGCCGUGGCCGUCAUCCUCAGCCUGGAGCAGCAGGUCCGAGAACGGAAUCUGAAUCCAAAGGCUGCGUGCCUGAAAAGAAGGGAAGAAGAGAAGGUCUCCUCGGAUCCGCCCCCGCUGUCCCUGGCAGGACCCCACCCUGGGAUGGGAGAUGCCUCCAAUCACAUGGGACAGAUGUAAAAAGGUCCAAGUCGCCGUGUUCCUGCCCGGAAAAGCGAGAGACCACUUCCUUAUCCGCUGUAUUCUCUUAAAUCCCACAGAAACACUUCUCCUUGCGAAACCCCUUUGUUUUGUAAGAUAAGACAAGUCUGAGCAGUUCUGAAUCCCAGACGCAAGAGAUUCCAGCAUUCCCGAGGGAAAAAAAAACCACAAAAAACCCACGGAACCCAACGAGAAAAAAAUGAAACAAAAAAGUGCAACUUUUGGAGGGAUGACUCUCUUUGAACAUAUCAAGCAGAAUGUCCAACUUGGAAUUCCGAGACUGAAUGGCAAUCUUUUUCCACACUGUGGGACAAUGCAUUUGUGCCUAAAAUUCCUUGGUUUUUUUUGGGUUUUUUUGGGUUUGAGGUUUUUUUUUUCGGUUUUGUUUUUGGGGUUUUUUUUUUUGGUGGUGGUUUUUCGGUGGUGGUUGUUUUUUUCUUUUUGGUUUUUUUUUUUUGGUUUUUUUUUGGACAAAAAAAACAAAAAAGGGAAAAAAAAACCAUAAAAAAAAAAAGAAAAAAAAACCAAACAAAACAAAGAAUUUGUAAAAGCCUGAGGAUUUAAAAAAAAUAUUUAAUUUAAAAACAAACAAACAAAAAAAAAAGGUAAACUUGCAAUAAUGAUAAAAAGUGUACUUCUGAAGAGGGGAAAAACGAGACAAAAAAUGAGGGAAAACGACGGAAAAUGAGUUUUUUUUUGUUUUGGGGGUUGGUGUUUCUGCUCUUUAUCCGCCGGAAUGAGAUAUUUCCAAAAUAUUCCUGAAACCAGCAAAAACGUCCCAACGAAACGAAACGGAAAAAAAAUAGAACCUGAGAAUUUUAGCCAUUCCUUAGGGUAGGAGAAACAGAUGGAUCUUAUAGACCUAUGACAAAUAUAUAUAUAUAUAAAUAUAUAUAUAAAUCUAUAUGAGAAAUUUAGUGGAGAUGAUGGGUAAGGUUUUGUUCCUUCGGUUCCGACUUUUUUAUUUUGGCUCCUGUAAAAAAAAAAAGGGAAAAAAAAAGGAAAAAACCACAACAAAAUGACAAAAAAAAAAGGAGAAUAGGAUUAACUUUUUUAAGAAAAAAAAAGACAAAAAGAGAGCUUUUCCUGUAAAUACGGAAUUUUUCGAGGGGGGAAUUCUCCCCCUUCUUUUCCUUGUUUUUUUUUUUUAUUAUCGUUAUUUUUGGGUUUUCCCCGUUUUCCUGGAGCCUGGAGUGCCGACUCCACGCCAAGCGGGUGGAACCACCGGCCCCGCCGUUGCUUCUCAUCCAUAACAAAUUUCCUGGGAUUUUAGGGGGCAGAGGGUGGGGGUGGGAAAUUUAAAAAUACAAACAAAAAAACAAACAAAAAAAAGCCAGAUUUGGGCCCCGUUUUUUCCCGGGAUUUUCCGAGGUGCAAGGUUAGGAUGCUACAAUGUUACCACUGUGCCUUCCAAUGUUUCUCCAUCGGCAAAACAUCCCAUCCUCCGAGUGGCUGAUUCCGCGUUCCCUCUUUGUGUAGCGAUUCCAGGGGCUGGGAGGGGGAGGGGAGGGAGGGGGGAAUUCCAAGGAGUGGGAUGGAUCGACUCCAUGUGCGGACUUUCCCCCCCCCCGUCGUUUUCCUCGUUUCCGAGUGGAUUUUUUCCCCCCGAGCGCCUCAUUUUUGUUGUUGUUUUUUUUUUUCCGUGGGAAAUGCCAAUUUUUUGGGUCCUAACGAGCCUUAUGAGUCCUAAAGCAUUAAGUUGCACUUUGUCCAGGAGGGGGUUGAUUCCCGGAAUUCUCUGGCCAGUACAAAGGAAGUUUUUCCCGACCACGCCGCCGGUGGCACCGCAGCUCCGAAGUCUCGGCACAACCUGACUUCCAGAGUGACUCCCAAUCCUGAGUGACUUUGGUGUACAGAACCACGCCAGUGCUCAUUAAAUAUUUAUCAGCAUCCCUUUCCGUCUCCAAUCCCAUUUUUUUCCCAGCCCGGCGUGGCUUUCCAAUCCAACCCUCCCCCUCCCCCUUUGUCCGAGUCAAAUUCCCGCUGAAUAAACGCCAUAAAUCCAUCCCCGAAACGGUCUAAACGUUCCAUCUGUUCUCCUGGUUUGCCAGUUUUCCAGAGGCCUGGGAACAAAAACAAACCAACCAACCACAGACAAAAAGAGAGACGUUUGUACAUUUUAUGCAACAAAACCCGGCCCGGCCGGAUCGUUAUUUUGGAAUUGUGUAUGUAAAAGUUCUAUUUUUCCAUGUAGAUUCUCGUUAUUCCGUGUUUUCCUACGUUGUGUCGGGGUCGGGGCAUCGCGGUGGUUUUUUUUUUUCCAGUGGAUCGAAUUCUGGGUGGUUGAACGAACAAAAAAGAAUCCCAUGGAGUGUCCUUGAAGGGAAAGAAAGAAAUGGAAUUUUCCCGCAAAAAAACGAGAAGAACCCAAUUCCCCACGUGCUCCCGGAGAAUCCAUUCAGGAAACUUCCCGGCUUUUGAGGUGUUGAUAAGUUGCCAAAAUGUGGAGGUGGAGUCAACUGGGAAAAACCAAGCCUGGGCUUAAAUCCAGGCAGGAAUAAGGCUGGACUCGGAGCUGGGCUUAGCUGAGGGAGGGUGAGAAUUCGGGAAUUCCGGAGCUGGGAAGAGCAUGAUGCCAAGGAACACGAGCCAUAAAUCCCAUUUCCCAGGAGGUCUCAGCCCUGUUGGAUCAUGUUGGAUUGGGGUGUCCGAGUGGGUCACUCCACCAGGAUCAGGAUUGGGAUCAGCAGGAAAUUGAGAUUUCAAGGAUUGAAAUGCUGGAAAACCCCAACUUGAUGUUUAUUAAACCCAAUUUGUGGAUGGAAAAGAAAUGAGGAAUUUCGGGAAAAGAAAUGAGGAAUUUCAUCCCUGGAACUGGAAAAAAGCCAGGGAAAGGUUUCCUUGUUCCAUCCAUCCGAGAUGCUCCCUCAGCCAGCCUAGAUGGAAGAGCUGAAGAUCCCGCUCUGGAUGAGCCAAGAUUUAACAAAACCAUCCCCCUUGAGUGUCUGAUCCAUGAUUUUUCCAUUUUUUCCCAGCUCAGGGAAGGCCUGCGCGUCGUUCUCCGAAGCCAUGGAGGUUUUUAUUCCCCGUGGGAAUAAAACCAGGCUGAAAGCUCCCUGAGAAAAGGCAAAAUCUUGAUUUUUUUAGCAGCUUUUUCCCGCCUGGAUCCACCUCCACAUGGCAGGAAUUUAUGGAUCUGCUGGAUUGGGAAUGUUCAGCUGGAGCUGCGUUGAGCUGCAAGGACGCUCCAAGUGCCAGCAAGGCAACUUGUAGUGAUUCAGUCUUCCGAGGUUUUUUGGGAUUGUUUUCCAGGAUUUCGGGGGGCUAGGAGGGGGGGAAGGUGCCGGAAAGGGUGGUCAGGGAGAACUUACCCAUAUCCAGACUCCAACAAUCCCAAGCAGUGCCAGGAAUGAGGAGAUUUCAAUGGAAAGAAGCACAAACUCCCGAGGAAAAAAAGCAACAAAAUUAAAAAAAAAAAAAUAAGGGGGGGGAAAUUGAAAAAACCUGGAGGAAAAAAAAAUCAGGAAAAUUCCAACUUUUCCACUAGUUGACUGGAAAAAAAAGAACUUGGAGGUGGAAAGGUGGAAUAGUGAGAAAUUCCAACACAACGAGGCACCGGGGCCUGGGAAGGCCCAAGUUUUUUGUUCAUUUCUGACUUUUUUGGGUUGAUUUUGUUUUAUUUUGUUUCUUCGGUUUUUUUUUCCUUUUUUUACUUGUUUUUUUGUUUUUCCUCUGGGACUUGAAGUCGCCUCAUGUUCGUGCAGUGCUGGGCGUGGCCCCUCCUCAUUUUCGAGUAUUUUAGCCCUUCUGUAAUGGUGAGAAAUGAUUAUGAACUGUGGCCUUUUUUCCUUCUUGUUACUUGUGAUGCAAUUUCGGUGAAAAAAAUAAGAAUUAAAAAACAGAAAAAAAAAAAGGUGAAAAAAAACCACUGAAAAAGCCUAAAAAAAAAAAAAACACAAACAAAAAAAAAAGCGAGAGGUUUUACCAUGUAUCAGUGCCUGGCUUUUUGUUAUAAAGCUUCGUUUGUCUAGUGCUCUUUUGGAAUAAAAUAGACGUAGGACACCCUUGUAGGAUGGAAAAACUAGAGAAUCCACCUCAGUUUACCGACAAGAAAAAAAAUAAAUAUAUUUGGCUUAUUUUUCA